UGCAGACUAACUUGCUGUCUUCUCUUGCAGUGGUUGAUAUCCCAGCAAAUUCCCCAGUUUGAAGAUGUUAAGUUUGAGGCAGCCAGCCUUCUGUCCGAGCUGUAUUGUCAGGAGAAUUCAGUGGAUACAGCAAAACCUCUGUUGCGCAAAGCCAUUCAGAUUUCACAGCAGACUCCGUACUGGCACUGUAGAUUGCUUUUUCAACUUGCACAACUACAUACACUUGAAAAAGACUUAGUAUCUGCGUGUGACCUUCUCGGAGUUGGAGCAGAGUAUGCUCGGGUGGUAGGGUCAGAGUACACCAGAGCACUGUUUCUGCUAAGCAAAGGGAUGCUCCUUCUCAUGGAACGAAAGCUGCAGGAGGUGCACCCUCUCCUUACCCUUUGCGGGCAGAUAGUUGAAAACUGGCAAGGAAACCCCAUCCAGAAGGAGUCGUUACGCGUGUUCUUCUUAGUCCUGCAGGUGACGCAUUACCUGGACGCGGGGCAGGUGAAAAGCGUGAAGCCGUGCCUGAAACAGCUUCAGCAGUGCAUCCAGACCAUCUCCACGCUGCACGAUGACGAAAUCCUGCCCAGCAACCCCGCUGAUCUCUUUCACUGGCUGCCCAAGGAACACAUGUGUGUGCUCGUCUACUUGGUGACAGUGAUGCAUUCCAUGCAAGCGGGGUACCUGGAGAAGGCUCAGAAGUACACAGACAAAGCACUCAUGCAGCUAGAGAAGCUAAAAAUGCUGGACUGCAGUCCUAUCUUGUCAUCUUUCCAAGUUAUUUUGUUGGAACAUAUUAUCAUGUGUCGGCUUGUCACGGGACACAAAGCCACCGCAUUGCAGGAGAUUUCACAAGUCUGUCAGCUCUGCCAGCAGUCUCCCAGACUGUUUUCUAAUCAUGCUGCCCAGCUGCACACGCUAUUAGGGCUCUACUGCAUUUCUGUUAAUUGCAUGGACAAUGCAGAAGCACAAUUCACGACAGCACUGAGGCUCACUACACAUCAAGAGCUGUGGGCAUUUAUUGUGACAAACUUAGCCAGCGUGUACAUCAGGGAAGGCAACCGGCAUCAAGAGCUUUACAGCUUAUUGGAAAGGAUAAAUCCAGACCAUAAUUUUCCUGUGAGCUCUCACUGUCUUCGAGCGGCGGCUUUCUACAUCCGCGGCCUGUUCUCCUUCUUCCAAGGAAGAUACAACGAGGCAAAACGAUUUUUGCGAGAGACACUGAAAAUGUCAAACGCGGAAGACUUGAAUCGAUUAACAGCGUGCUCCCUCGUCCUCCUGGGUCACAUAUUCUAUGUGUUAGGGAAUCACAGGGAAAGCAAUAAUAUGGUAGUGCCAGCCAUGCAGCUUGCAAGCAAGAUACCAGAUAUGUCUGUGCAGCUGUGGUCUUCAGCUCUCUUGAGAGGCCAGAGCAAAGCCUGUGGGAACGCCAUGGAUGCACACGAGGCAGCACAGAUGCAUCAGAACUUCUCCCAGCAGCUCCUCCAGGACCACAUUGAAGCGUGCAGUCUUCCAGAACACAACCUAAUCACGUGGACAGAUGGACCACCUCCUGUACAGUUCCAGGCACAGAACGGACCCACCACCAGCCUGGCCAGUCUCCUGUGAAACAGAAUAACUAUCGGGACAGUGUGUUUAAAAAAAAAAAAAAAAGAAAAAGAAAAAAAAAAAAGCCAAAAAAAGGACGAAAAAUUCAUGCAAAAUCUUUUCUUCAAAGAAAAGGCAGCAAAUUCCUCUUCUAGUGAGGGCCUUGUAGGAAACAGGUUGCAUAAAGACAAUGUACAUUUCAUAGACUUGCAAAGUGAGAAGGGCAUUUAAAGCUGCUUUUACAUAACGUGUGUGAAUAUACAGCUAGUGUGUAUAUACCUGCUGGUUUUAAUCUGCUUUCCUCUUGCUGAGAAUUAAGGUUUAGUCCAAAGGACACUUGUUCCUUAAAUUGUUAGAUACCUACUUUUUAAAAACUGUCACAGGAAAUGAAGAGGACUCGCACAGUUUUGAACACCAGUUGUAUUCUGAAUACCUAAACCUUCCCUGCAGGACGAUGCGUGCCAGUUCUAAUGUGCUCUGCACCCUUCCGUUCCGGGGAAUAAUUGGAUUAAAUAAUGAUUGAUUGUAGGGUGCCCUAAAGUUCUAAAUCUAGUUUCUGAGAUAAUAUUCUUUCCCUCUUGUUGUCUGCAAGCCCUUGCCAGUGCUGUUGGUGGCCUUGCAGCGAAGGUAAGGAUGCGAGUGGCGAGACCAGAGUUCUGACGGGCAGGGUGUUUGCAGCCGGGGGCGUGCUGGCAUCCUCGGGGUGGCCUCCAGGCCGAGUGGCGUCCUCAGAGGAGCAGGUUCCACCUCCUGCAUUCACGAGCACGUGACAACGUGCCACCGCGUCGUCCCCAUGAGGGUCUUCCUCCCAUCUCCCUGCACUGCUGUCCCAUCCCGCACAGGCUAGGGCAGAACCACAGCUCUCUCCAUCUCUGCUACUUUCUCGUCAUUUGUUCGGAAGGAGGAAGGUUCUUGUCCUGCUGCCCGGUCCCUGCGUGGGCCGAGCAACUGGGAAACAGCGCUUUGCAUCUUUGCUGCAGCCUCACCAAAGGAAGGCAGCAUCUGUGCCUUAAUGAUUUUUACAAGUGGUUGAAGCCAGAGUUAAAGUUAAGUGGUUAAACCCCAGAUCCAAUACAAGCCAGAGGCCUGGG